AUGGGCAGCCACCGGUGGAGAAGGGACCUCUGGGUGGAGGCCAGGGGGGACAAGAAGGGGUCAACAACAAGCAAGCCCAAGGAGGGUUGGGGGGAAAAGGGGUCCUCUUUUGGGUGGAGUAAAAAACGGGGACGGGGGUUCACAGCAAGGGACAGAGGUUGGGGGAAGGGCUUCGUGGGUGGGAGGAAUAAAAGGGGACGGGGGGGGGUCACCACAAAAGGCAGCAAGGAGGUUUGGGGAGAAAGGCCUCUUGGCAGGGGGGGGAACAGGUUUUUCAACAGAGCAGAGGGGGUUUUGGGGGGGGGGGGGGGAGUAGCCCCUACAGGGGGUGGGGGGGAAGGGUUUGGGAGGAAAAAAGGCCCUUCUGGGGGGUGGGAGGGAAGGGGGAAAGGACGGGGGGGUGCCCCCAACCACGGGCAGCCGCCCAAAAAAAAACAAGGGGGGGAGGGUUUUGGGAAGGGGAAAAAGGGGUCUCUUGGGGGUGGUAAUGGGGGCCGGGGGGGGGGAAAAACCUAG